AUGGUUCGACAGACUGUUCAUCUGUGUUCGUCUUGUACAGCAGGGAGCAGAGGAGACAAGGUGGAAGCGCCAGGCGACGCAGGUCACUCUGGCGAGCUGGUAACUCACUUCUCUAAAGUCCCCAUGUCUCGCAUGUUUUGCACUAUCCAAUUCCUGCUGCUGCCCAAAAUCCCUAUGCUUGUUGUACUGAUGAAGAAGAGUAAUGUGAGACAUCAUGGUGAUCUGGUAAUACGUAAGGAUUAUGCACACAACUACUUGCCAUGCAAAGCUACAAAUAUCAUACUCCAGGUGCCUAGGAAGAACAAGGUUUGGGAGUGCAAGUUCCAUAUCAGGCCAUCUGGCUCGACUGAUGCUGGUCGGCGCAACCUUUCUUUGGGCGACUUUGUUGGUGACAAUCUCAUUAGGGAGGGAGAUAUCUGCCUCUUUGAACCAAUGACAAAUGCUAAGCAGAAAAGAUUCACAAUGACAGUCCACAUCCUUGGCAAAUUGAGUAGUGGUCAUUCCACUGGAAGAACAACUGACAUUGGCUCUAAUCGUGGAAGGAGAAGCACCAAGAUGGGCGGUGUUAAGACCAAACCACCUAUCAAUGGUGAGGAGUACUCUUCACAACAUGAAGAGUGUGGUGUAUCUGAUAAUUCUGAAGAAUGUUCUGAGCCUCCCUUCAUGUUGCCUCACAGAUCUUGUCUAACACCAGCACAGGAGAACAAAGUACUGGAGAAAAUUAAAGACAUUGAAUCAGACUCAGAAUUGCCCUUUUAUGUUGCUAUCAUGGGCAAGAUCAAUGUAUGUCGGGGUAGCAGCCAUUACAUUAACCCUCCCAUCCUGAACUUUGGGUUUCGGUAUGCGGCUAGGUAUCUUGGUGAGAAGUUUGCUGCUGGCCAUGGUGGCAAGUGUAAUGCAAUCAACUUAGUACUUCAGCGGGAGGGGAAGAGCAGACCAUGGCCUAUCAAGCUGCGAUAUACACAUGUCAUGCGAGCCUCGAGCCAGCAGAUGAGGGUUAUCAAAGGAUGGCCGUCUUUCGCCCGCGACAACCGCCUGCGGGAGGGGGACAUCUGCCUCUUCAAGCUGAUGGAGAACAAGCAGGAGUUGACGAUGAUGGUCUACAUCAUUCGCCGUGAGAAAUGUUAG